AUGGCUACUUUCGGAACAAUUGGUGAAUUUCGGGAGGACGAAGGGAGUUGGUCCCAGUACAUUGAACGUAUGGGGCACUACUUCGACGCCAACAGCAUCGUGGAUGGGGGACGAAAAAGAUCCAUCUUACUAAGUGUAUGUGGAGCUUCAACCUACAAGUUGAUGUCAAGUUUGACAGCACCAAGAAAGCCGGGGGAAGUUGACUUCCAAGAACUUGUUAAAUUAAUGACUGACCAUCGGGAUCCAAAGCCCUCGGUGAUUGUUCAAAGGUUCAAGUUCAACAGUCGUGCUAGAAAGCCGGAGGAAUCAAUUUCGACUUAUAUUGCAGAGCUGCGACGAGUAGCAAUCGAAUGUAAGUUUGACACCAUUUUGGAUGAAAUGUUGAGAGAUAGAAUUGUGUGCGGGGUGGCGGAUGAUCGUAUACAGAGACGAUUAUUGGCAGAGCCGACAUUAACAUUCGAGAAGGCAAAAGACAUCGCCUUGGCAAUGGAGUUGGCAGAUAAAAAUACGGCGGAUCUACGAGAACAAAAUCAGAGAAGCGACAUGGUAAACAAAAUCGAUUUUGCUGGUGGCCGUCGUAUGCCAACGCAACGCCAGUUUUCAGAGAAACAUUCUAGGUGUGGUCGAUGCGGUGAAGGACCCCACAAACAAGGCGCGGACUGUCCGGCGAUAGAUCGAGACUGUUUCCAUUGCGGCAAAAAGGGUCACUACGUAGCGGUUUGCAAAGCCAGGGAAACGAAAAAGGACAAAAGAAAAGUCACUCAUCAGCAGCGGAAACAGGCCAGUUCCAACAAGUCCCGCACCUAUCAAAUAGCAGAGGAAGAAGAGGAGGAGGAGGAAAGCGAAACAUACGGGUUGUUUCAACAUUCCGUGAAUAAAGCAAAACCUCCGCCGUACAUGACGAAACUUUCUGUGAAAGGAAAGGAAGUUAACUUUCAAGUAGAUACUGGCUCAGCGGUUACCAUAAUAAACGAAGAAACAUGGCUCUCACACUGGAGUGAGAAGGACAGACCCAUUCUCAAUGACUCAACAACCCGCCUACGCACUUACACCAAACAUUUAGUCGAUAUUGUUGGGGAAUGUGAAGUCACCGUUUGCUAUGAAAACCAGACGGUACGCGUGUGUCUAAUCGUGGCGAGAGGGGGUGGGCCAAACCUCAUGGGACGAGAUUGGCUAGACGUCAUUAGGUUGAACUGGAGAGAAAUCUACUUGGUCAAAGUCGAAAAUGACGUCUCGAAACUCGGGAAGUUGAAAGGUGUGGAAGUUGACCUGGAUAUCGACGAAGGAGCUUCACCGAGAUUCCUAAAGGCCCGACCAGUGCCGUUCGCACUGCGAAAUAGGCUGGAUGAGGAACUGGAUCGCCUACUAGCGAAUGACAUCAUAGAACCAGUUCAAUAUUCGAACUGGGCGGCUCCAAUAGUUCCUAUAGUAAAAGGAGACGGAUCAAUCAGGGUUUGUGGCGACUACAAAACAACCAUAAAUUCAGCCGCUCGUUCCGACACCUAUCCUAUACCUCGAGUAGAGGAGCUGUUUGCAAGGCUCGCAAACGGAAAGCAAUUCUCAAAACUGGACCUCUCACACGCAUAUCAACAAUUGGUCCUGUCGGAGAAAUCGAGGGAGUUGGUGACCAUCAAUACCCACAGAGGACUUUUCCGCUAUAAGCGACUGCCAUUUGGCGUAUCGACAGCGCCCUCAGUGUUCCAGCGGACUAUGGAAUCGUUGCUGGCUGGCAUUCCAGGCGUGGCAGUUUACUUAGAUGACCUGCUCAUCACAGGAGAGUCAACGGAAGAACACAUAAAGAACCUAAAGCGGGUAUUGGACGUUCUUCACGAAGCAGGGUUACGCUUGAAGAAGGAGAAAUGUGCGUUUCUCAAGGACGAGGUUGAUUACCUCGGCCAUACUAUCACGGCGAAGGGUCUACAUCCGACGGGGGACAAGGUGGAAGCAAUCACCAAGGCACCAGAGCCAACAAACGUGAAAGAGCUCAGGUCUUUCCUCGGGUUGCUGAAUUAUUACGGGAAAUUUAUGCAUGACCUCGCUUCUACAUUGGAGCCUCUACAUCGAUUGUUGAGAAAGGAGACAAAAUGGCAGUGGGGCAAGGAGCAAGGAGAUGCGUUCGCGAGAGCCAAAAAGCUACUCCAAUCAACGAGGGUAUUGACCCAUUACGAUCCGAAAGAACAGCUGAUACUAGCUUGCGACGCUAGUCCGUACGGCGUCGGAGCUGUUCUCGCACAUAAGUUUUCGGAUGGAUCCGAAAAACCGAUCGGAUUCGCGUCGCGAACCCUAAACUCAGCGGAGCGCCGAUAUUCGCAACUAGAUAAAGAAGGAUUAGCAGUAGUUUGCGGCGUGAAGCGGUUCCACCAGUACCUAUAUGGUCGGAAGUUUGACAUAAUAACCGACCAUAAGCCGCUACUUGGACUCUUCGGUGAAAAGAAAGCUAUUCCGCAGAUGGCUUCUCCGCGCGUCCAACGGUGGGCGAUUACGUUAGCAGCAUACGAAUAUCGCAUAACGUACAAGGCGGGAGAAGAAAAUGCUAACGCGGAUGCACUCAGCAGACUACCUCAAGAGUCAACAAUCGGGGAUCCUCCCGUCCCAGGAGAUAUCGUUCUACUGAUGGACAUCCUCGAGAAAACACCUAUCACGCCCUCACGCGUCCGUAUAAUGACCGAUAAAGAUCCAGUCUUAUCACGCGUUCGAAAUUUCGUCAUGCAUGGAUGGGUUUCUUCGCAUGAAUUGAAAGACGAAGCGUUCGGACCGUAUCUGAAUCGUAAAGAUGAGUUGAGUGUACAUGAAGGAGUACUGUUAUGGGGAGCUCGCGUGGUGCUGCCCCCAAAAUGCCGGGAUCAGAUGAUGGAGGAGCUACAUGAUGCUCACCCCGGAAUAGUCCGAAUGAAAACAAGUGCGCGAGGUUGCGUAUGUGAUGAAUUCGCCAAAUUCAUGAAGAUGAACGCAAUAAAUCACAUCAGAGGAGCGCCAUACCACCCAGCUACAAAUGGGCUCGCGGAGAGAGCCGUGCAAACUGUGAAAGGAGCCCUCCGAAAAAUGAGUGGUCCCCUUCACACUAGGUUAUCGCGGUUCCUGUUAAGUUACCGUACAACACCGCAAGCUACUACAAAGCAAUCACCGGCAGAGUUGCUAAUGAAUCGUAAACUGCGUACUCGCAUUACGUCAGUUCUGCCAGAUGUGAACGCAACCGUAGAGAAAAAGCAGUUCGCCCAAAAGAUCGCUCACACUACUCACGCCCUUCGCGAAUUCAAUGUAGACGACGACGUCCUUGUGAGAAAUUAUGCUCGAGGCAACCAAUGGUUACCCGGUAAAAUAACCGACCGUACCGGUCCAGUAUCAUAUGUGGUCAAUGUCAGUGUCGACGGUGCGACACUAAAAUGGAUGCGUCAUGUUGACCAACUCCGAAGUCGAGUUUCCUCAUCGACCGCGCGGAAACAAGACUACGCGAACGAAGGUGUUGUCCCUACACUCGAUGAAGAUGAUGUUAUCAAUUCUGAUAACGAUAAUAAUGAUCGCGAAGAUUAUCACGAAGAUCAAGUAGACAUCCGCGAAGCUCGCGAAGACGACUUCGACGAAAACCGCGACGUCAAUCGCGAUGCCGGUAGAAAGGAUUACCCUAGACGAGAGCGAAGAAAACCAAAUUACUAUGGAUUUGAAUAA